AGUAGCCGGGUUAGUGAGUAGUAGCAGUGGGUUGGGGGGGGGGUCUGUCUGCCCCCCCCCACCCAUGGGUCUUCCUUUUCGUUUUCCUUCCUGUCCGUCUUCGUCGUCUUCGUCUUCGUCUUCUUCUUCUUCUUCAUUCGUCUCGGUCUUGUGCGUUGUUUUUUUUUUUUUUGUUUCGGGGCGUGCGUGUCGCUAUUUUCGGCUCCUCUCUCUCUUCUUCCUCUCUCUCUCUUGCUGGGUUGUUGGGAGUUGGGGAGGGGGGGUGCUGGUGUGCAGCUUUCAGAGCUGGGGUUGGAAUAAAACAGAGAGUUGGGGGUGAGCUCGGGAGUGUCGGAUCUGACCUUGGAGGGAGGGAGGGAGGGGGACGGGAGUGGAUCAAGCAGGAAGGAAAGGAAGGAAGGAACGAGGGUUGAGAGCUUGAGUGGGAAGGAAGGGAAGGGGUGUACAUAGAUGUGAGAAAGAGGGGCAAGUGUAGAAUUGGAGAAGAAGGGAGGAGGAGGAGGAGUAUCGAGGACAGAGGUGAGAGUCCGUAAGGUUAUUGCGCGGAGUGGAGCGCCGGAGGGAGAGGGAAGUGGAAAGUGAGGGGGGUCGAGCGGAAAUGGCAGUGACGGACAAUGCUGGGAUAGGGUUGGCCAUGAAUAUGGGGCAACUGUCCCUGACAAGGAACUAUCCGCAGAUUUCGUCGGAGAGCAAAGCCGAUCAGCUGUAUGAUCAACAGCAAGCGGCGUUGGAGGAGCGGGAGCGGCAUCAGAAGCAGCAGCAGCAACAUCUGCAACAGCAGUAUCAGCAGGUGCAGUAUGAGCAGCCGCAGCAGCACCAGCAGGGAGAACAGGGGCAGAGCCAGGAGCAGCACCAAUCCCAGAAUCAGGCACACGCCAGUUCCGCUCCUCAGAAACCUGGCCUAUCGGGAGGACAGGGUCAUGGUCAAGGGCAGCACCCGCAAGUGGUGCGGUCCAACCGGGCCAACGGAGCCAACGGCGUGAAUGGGCACAUCAAAGCAGAGAACGGGAGCAACGGGGGUGAUGACGAAGGGCAUACCCUGGAUGCGCGAAGCAAUGUGAGCAACGACAGCAUGAGAGAGCUCGAGGACCUGCUCACGAAGCUAAAUCCCCUGGCCAAGGAGUUUGUUCCUCCCUCCCACGCGGAUUUGGCCAGCACUACCGCGCCCUCGUCGGUUGCCUCCUCCAAAGGUCAACCUCGCAAGAAGAAGAAUGGUUUUAACCAGGUUAACAAGAGGCGGGUCAAUAGUCGGACAAGUCGUGCGCAGCGGGAGGAUAGUAUCCGCAGAACGGUUUACGUGUCCGACAUAGAUCAACAGGUAACAGAGGAGCAACUGGCAGCUCUCUUCAUCACAUGUGGCCAGGUUGUAGAUUGCCGUGUUUGCGGGGACCCAAACUCUGUGCUUCGGUUUGCUUUCGUGGAGUUCACUGACGAAGAGGGCGCCAGGGCAGCAUUGAGUCUUGCCGGUACGAUGUUGGGAUAUUACCCUGUUCGUGUCCUUCCAUCCAAGACAGCCAUUGUACCUGUUAACCCGACCUUUUUACCGCGGUCUGAAGACGAGCGUGAAAUGUGUGCACGUACCAUCUACUGUACAAAUAUUGAUAAGAAGGUGUCGCAGGCCGAUGUAAAGCUCUUCUUUGAAUCUUUGUGUGGAGAGGUCGCUCGGCUAAGAUUAUUGGGGGAUUAUCAUCACUCAACUCGGAUUGCGUUUGUCGAGUUCGUGAUGGCGGAAAGUGCAAUGGCAGCUUUGAAUUGCAGUGGCGCAAUAUUAGGUUCUCUUCCAAUCAGAGUGAGCCCAUCGAAGACGCCAGUGAGGCCCCGGUCACCGCGUUCUCCGCUUCAUUGAAGGUCCUUGCAGCUCCCCCAGUAGCCCUCCGGUGUCAACGAUCUCAUGUUCCCAAUAGCAGGCUUUUAGAAUCUGCUCAUUACUCAAUUGGUCGCUGAGACUCGAUUCAUCAUGUUUUGUCACAUUUCCAGACGUAGGUGAUCUUUAAAGCUGUAGGCAGAGGCCAGCUUACAGUAGUAGAAGCGUGUUCGUGCCUACCAGGGAGCCGCUCUGAACUCCCUGUCACUAUUCAUCUGCUAAUCCAGAUCUCUACUGCGGAAGGCAGAGCUUGCCUCCCGGCACUCUCCCCGAGAGAGAGAGCCUGCGAUUUCCACUGGUGUUCAAAACCCCCAGUGUGAGUGGCAAGCAACUCUUUUCACUUGUAUUUCUUACUUUGAGCGACAAGGAUGGCGAAGAGGCAAGGUCCCCUCGGGUCCCCCCACAUUGGUUCUCUGAUAUUAGCAGCAGCACUCCUAGUCCUUCCCUUCUCGAGAGACCUCUGGCUAGUUACCCACUGAAAUAAUGGAUUCUUAUCCGCCAUGCCUAAGGCUUUAUUUUUUUUCUCUAAAAAAAACACUAAUUUAUCCUCCACUAUUGUAACCA